GUUCUUACGUUACGUUUGUAGGUCUAACCUUGACUGUGCAGCUUAUUGGAUAGUGAGAUAAGGAAUACUUUCUGUGUUUAGUAAUGAGUGUGCAAUCUUUCCAUCUAUCCGAAUUAGAAGAAAAAGCGCGUGCUACUGCAUUAAAGAGAGUUUCUGAUCAUUUUCAAAAGCCAGAACAACUAGAUAAAAUAGAUGUAAUUAAAUCUAAAUUUCUGAAUCAAAAGACUGCUACAGAAGCUCAGUUAAAGAUGGCUUUAUACAGUCAGUUAGACGGUAGUAAAAUUGGCUUGGAAAAGUUGGAUACUGCCCUCGCUGAAUCACAAACAUGUAGGAACAGACUUAUUCAAUUGGGAUCAUCAUUAUCCGGUUUGUCUGGCUUAUCACAAGAGCUGCAUGAAUUAAAAAAUCUUUCAACCAAAUAUAGUCAACUUGGUGCUGCUAUGGAAAAUAUGAGUUAUCUAGUCAAAGCCCCUGAAACAUUUGAACAGGCUCGAAAUUAUCUGGAAGCAGAAAACCUUUUGGAAGGUCAUAAACUGAUGCAGGACUUAGAAGGAAUCCGAGAUGAACUGAUGUUUGAAGUGUAUCGACAAAAGUCUAUGGAGGAUCUAGAUACACUACGUGCCUUUUUCCGUGAGCUUGAAAAUUUAAAUGAAACGUUUAGACAUAAAAUAAUUAUUCUUGGGUCUCGUCUGACUAGUGCAGUAAUCACUCACAAUCGCUUUGUUGUUAAUUGUGUACGUGUUAUUGACCGUGAAGAAAGAACUGAUGUUAUUUGGCGGAAACGAUCAGAAAAACAUGGUUUUAUGCCAGACGGACGACCGAAACAAUGGAAAAAACUAUUGUUUGACAGUAUAUUUAAUACUAUAAAGAAUAAAGUGUUUGGAAGCUCAUUGGACAAUGAAAAUGAUAAGAAUAGACUAGUUCGACACAAUGAAGCUAUCAGACAACACACACUAGCAGAUUUAAAAAUAGCAAAAAAUAUAUGCCCAACAUAUUUCCCAGCAGAUUAUGCUAUAUUUGAUCGAUUUGUUGAAAUGUAUCACGAAGCUAUCGGAAUGCAUGUUGAAAGUUUAGUACUUGAAGGUCUGUCUGAUACAGAAAUUGUACAACUACUCGGUUGGAUAAAUUCUUAUCACACUGAAGAAUUCAUGAAAAAUCCUUUUAUGAAUAUUGACUUUAAUCGGUUGAAUUUAAAACAUCCAAUUAAUUUGUUACCUGACGAAAAAUUGAAUUCACUUCGGAAACAAUAUGUUUCAAAGACAAUUGAACGACUUAAAUCAUGGUUAGCAAAUUCACUCUUAAAGGAUACUUCUGAUUGGCAACGUUCAACUGGACCUGAACUAGAUGGAUCUUCUAAUUAUUUUACUGAUUUGCCUGUAUUAGUCAUGACACCUAUCAAUGAAAUGAUUGGUAAAGGUAAUUUAUUACAUUAUUUGGGUAAUGCAGUGAGAGAGCAAUUUUUUACACAAUGCGUUGAAGAGAUGACACUUUUCGUCAAAGAUUACGAUGAUGACAUUAAAAAGUAUCGAGCAGCUUAUAUACAAGACAGAUCGAAAUUUCCAUGCUAUAUAGAAUACAUUUUAGCUAAUGCAAAUGGUGCUUGUAUGAUUGCGCACAGUUUUGUCACAGUAAUUAUGGAUGAAUUAUCUGAAGACUCACAUCUUAAAGGUAAUCUAUCAGCUAGAAUUAGUCAUUUGAAAUCAGAAUACGAAAAGGUAGCUGAACAAUGGAUAGCUUAUGCUGAAGAAACAGUAUUCAUGGAUUUAAACCGUGUAUUAGGCGUGAUUAUGACAUCUCAAUGGCUACGCCCAGAUGAUAUGACAACACAAUACUUGGUUGGCACAUUAGCUGAUUAUGAUGAAACAUUGAAGCAUAUGAAGCAGAAUUUAUAUGAUAAAUUAGCUGAAAAAUUGGCCGAACGAAUGUUGAUUGAAUAUUUGAAAGCAUUAAUCAGCCGACGAAGUCCACUUUCCACAGAAGCGGAUAGAAAAAAAGCUGGUGAAAAAAUCACACGAGACGGACAUGAUUUAAAAAAUUAUUUUGGAGAGAAAAUGAAAGUGAAAAGUGAAGUGAUUGCUGCAUAUGAUGCCCUAACAACUAUCGGUCAAUUGUUUCUUACAACUGAUACGUCAAUGUUACCGUUAGAUAUUGCUAAUCUAAAACGUCAAUUUCCUGACAUUCGUCCUGAUCAAGUUUAUGCAUUGCUUGUGGCUCGUGGAGAUGUUUCAUCAGAUAAUGCUAAAGGAGUAAGUUUCUGAGAAAAAAGACUACUGUCUAUUAACACAGUGCAUUCAACUUUUCUUGUGGGUAUCUAUAACUCAAACCUUUCAUUUUUUUAAAUACCAGCAACUGGCUCCAUAGAUGCAUCAGGUAUCCCAAAUACAACAAAACGUGCCUCCCAUUCUAGCCUUUAACCAUCUUCGAUAAAAGUCAUUGCAGCUGAAUGUUAACAGUGGGAAAAACCGUUCACCAGACACAUAUGGCGGUAAUAAAGCCUAACAAAAUAAAUGCUUUCAUCGGAUUCUCACUACGGAAGAGAAUUGUCUCAGAAGUCAUCACCGUUCGCGAUUUUCACACGGUUAGCCGUUGCAAUGGACCCGCAUUAGUGCUUUCCUGGAAAUUAUCUCGUAAUUUGUUAAUUUUUGUGGCUUUUUUGUUAAACCCUAAUUUUAUCCUUAUAAUAUGAUCAUUGAGUUACAGUUGUAAAGUGUCUUUGUCUUCUUUCUUUACAAUCUAAAUAAACGCUUUUCAGUAAA